AUGUACUUGGACGACGAGAAGCGCUCGCGGCGCUGCUGUAGGAGGAAGCCGAUGCCGACGUCCAGGACGAGGAACACCUCAUGGUCCUCGCCGCCCUCGCCGACACGCGUUCCUUCCUUCGUUGGUUGGCUGGAGGCUGUCAACUUGUCUAGCAGUGAGGCGAUCCCAGCCUGCCCGACCGGCGACUCCUCCCCGUCUCUCCCCCAUGCUGCGCCGCCGCCGCCUCCUCCCGCCGUUCCUGCCACCAGCGCCGCCGCGGCCUAUGCGUCUCUCGCCGCCAUUGCGAGCUCCGUCGAGGGCCUCGCCUCCUUCAACGAGGUGCUCGUCGAGUUCCUCGACGAGUGGCGCGAAUUCCACCUCGACGCCAACUCCAUCGCCGCCGCCCUGCCCCCGCUCGCCGACGACGAUGCCGACCCCGACCCCAAGCCCAGCCCCGUGGGACAGCUCGGGGCCCUCCUCGGCCAGUGGAACCCCGUCCUCCCCGCCGCCGCCGCCUCCCCCCUCGCCGCCGACCGCGUAGCGGAGGGAUCCAACCCUAGAUUACCCGACCGCGGCGCCGAGCGCCGCGAGCACAGUCCCGUGCCUCAGGACCCCCUCCACCAGCGGGACGAAUCCAUCCCUAAACCCGACCCGGUGGUCGAGCGCCGCGAGCGCAAUCCCCUGCCUGCGCCCCAGCCGCACACCUCCGCCGCCGCCGCCGCCGCCGGGUUCCCGGUCGCCGACCCCGUCCCGGAGCCCGAGCCGAAACCCGUCCUCCCGGCCGAGGUCGGGCCCGUUCGCGCGCCCAAGCCCGCACCCAAGCCCGCCCCCGGCCGCGAGCGCAGGGCCAGCGAGCAGGAGGCGGAGAUGCUGGGGGGCAUCUGCGAGCAGAUGGGGUCGCGGUCGCUGCGCGGCUUCGUCACCACCCACCUGCGGGACCGCGCCUGGCUGCGCCGCGUGGGCCCGGCCGCGCUGCGCCGCGCCCCGGACCCCGCCGUGCUCGUGAUCCGCGCCGUCAGCCGCAGCUACAUCUGCGCCGAGAGCGAGAACGCCGAGACCGCCUGCGUGCUCCUGCUGGAGCUCUACGUGCGCGCGGGCUGCCCCCGCCGGCCGGAGGGGGAGGGGGAGGCCGAGGUGCGGGCCGAGGCGCGCGUGUCCGCGCUGUCGUGGCGCAGCCGAAUCGUGCGGGAGAAGGGCCGGGUCGCCGACGCCAGCGCCAGGGACGCCCGCGGCCUCAUCCUCCUCAUGGCCGCCUUCGGUGUGCCCCUCGAGUUCCCUCUGCAGGAGCUCUACCAGCUGCUGCUUGCCGGUGGCUGCUUGACCUGCGUCGACGUGCUCAGAUGCUCCCAGCCCUUCAUGAAGAAGCUGCGUGAUGUUGUUGCUGAUAUGCUGAACAGGGGAAGUUAUCGUGAAGCGAUUGGUGUGAUCCUUGCAUUUGACCUGCAGGAGGCAUUCCCGCUCGAUGGCGUACUGUCUUACAUCGUUGACAAGGUUGUGCGCAAUAGGAAGGAGCAAGAGAGCGAGGUGGAGUGUGAUUUGGCGGGAUCGAAAAAACGUGAUGAAGAGGAGUUGCUUCUUUGGAGAUCAAUAUCGAAAUAUGUGGAGGAGCGCACACCAUGUUUUUCAGAAAUGUCUUGUCCCAGUUUGGCUGAGAGGAUUAAGGUGCUAGAAGAACGCGUCGGAAAGCCAAACCAAACCUUUCUGAGUGAAGAGAGUCGCGAACCAAGCUUUUCCGAGCGAAGAGAGCCAAACCAAGCCUUUCUAAUGAUCUAACAUAAAUCAUGAACUGCAGAAGUAACGCCGCUACGAGCGAGGAGAGCUUAACAUACCAGUUCUGCAGUUCAAAUACUGCAGCUCUACGAAUUUUGACAUGGAUCCAGCCGUACUGUACCGUAUGGACUAGUAGGAAGUCUUUCUGGGCUCCUCAAGUAUCCAUUAUACACCUGAUAGAAUUAUACUCAGCCUAGUAAGGCACACAGUAUGACAAUAUGUUGUGGUUGAACUUAAACCUGCUUGUAGCAACCUUGGCCUGUUUCCCCCAAACAGCAAGCUCGGUAAUAUUUCCAUGUUUGGAAGGGAUGGAUUUUGGGGAUUGUUCUGAAUCCCGCAUCAUCCUUCCAUUCCCACCCCUUUCAGAACAUCCGUUUGAGACUCUGUGUGGUGGCCUGUUUUGAAAGCUCACAUUUACUUUGGCCCAAGAUGAAUGAAUCAUGAAAUCUCUAGUCAAUUCAUUCCGUGAUGUCGAGUUAUAGUUUCUGUAAUCUUUUUUAUUAAAUUGUUCUAGUAUUUGGCCAUGCUUUUGUGGAAUUCACUCAAGAUGGGUUUUGUUGAACAUGGUA